AGAAAUGCUGUUUGCGUUACAGGCGCCACAAUUGUAUGAUGCUUUCGCAAUGCUUUACGAAGAAGAAAGACAUCCUCGAAUGCGUAAAUCAAGAAAACAUCAAGAAGCUGUGCCACUUUUCAGUUAGUCGCUAUGGGCUAGUGGAUAACGAUGUUAGAAAGGUUGUAUGGCCAAUUUUAGUAAGGGGAAAUUGUGGACUACCAAACAUAGUUCUUUGUUGCAUAUAACAAACUGUUAUGUUUCAUUAUUUACUCAAUGAUCGAAAUCAAAUUUCAUCAUACGAACACCAAGAUCAUAAUAAUUCAUUUCGUCAUACUAUUCAAAAUACCACUUCGUUUAUUUGUUUUCCUUCACGCAGCUUAUGUAGAGAACAAGUUCAUAUGUGUGACUUUCGUUCCGUUUUUUGCUUUUCAAAGUUAGAUCCUGAAGUGAUAAAAAAUCAUCCAAGCUUUCAUCAAGUUCAACUGGACACUUGUCGUAUGACAAGCCUAAUGCCUAAGGAAUUAAAUCCUGAAGAAAUCGAAAGUAUACAAAGGAUUGUUACUCGCCUAGUAAUUUCUAUACUAGUGGAUAAUCCUAAUUUACAUUAUUAUCAGGGUUUUCAUGAUAUUUGUUAUAUAUUCUUUUCGGUUUUGGGUGAAAAAGAAUCUAGAAUAUUGCUUAAUAAAUUGAUCCCAACUCAUUUCAGUUUAUUCAUGCAGAAAUCCAUGGAUUUAACCCUAGAAUAUAUGCAGUUGAUAUUCGCCUUAUUAGAACGUGUCUCAACUUCUGUAUUGAAUAGUAUAGAAUCUGUUGAUUUAGGUCCAGAUUUUGCUAUUGCUUGGAUUAUCACUUGGUUUGCACAUGUUCUACCUAAUAUGGAUGAUGUUAGACGCCUGUUCGAUUUAUUUUUGGCAACAGAUCCAAUCAUGUUGGUUUAUGUUUCAGUUGCUAUAAUUACUAUCAGUGCUAAAGAAGUGGAAUCAACACCGUUGGAUUUCGCUCUUUUGUAUCAAACACUUGCACGUCUACCUAAACUACAUCCCGUUGAAGAGCUUAUCCAUGAGGCUUUAAACAUCUACAUUGAUUUAGGACCAAAAGAAUUAAUUGGAUUAGGCAAUAAACGUAUUCUAAAAUAUCGUGAACAAAAAUUAUUAGACCGAUCACCAAUAAUAAGUCGACCAUUUCCAAAGUCUACAAGUAAACACAAGUUAUGGGGAUUAAUCAUGCAACAUCGAAGGACUGUUUUCUCUCUUAGUUUUAUCGUCAUUGUUAUUAGUUAUUUACUAAAUAAAAGUCUGAAAAACUAGAAAAGAUACUGUUUUUAAUUGCGUAAUACAAAUGAUUAUUUCCUCAGCUAUUUUGUCUAUACUUUAUUCGACUUAUUUAGAAAUUUUUCUACUAAUGUAUUUGUUGAAAAUGUGUUCCAUAUGAGCGGUUGGAUAGAUGGUGUUUAUAAUUCUUAUUUAUUUCACAAAUCUCUUCCUUUCUUUUUUUCCCUGUCUUAUUGUCCUUUUCUUUGGGAAAACUUAUGAUCAUGAUGAUAAUUUCAUUAUUUAUUUUUGUGAUAAAUAAAUUCAUGGAAGAGAAAUGUUUGUUCUGAUAUAAUCAAA